AUGCUGGUCCGUGGUACUUAUAAACAAAUAGCCAAUGCAGCAUGGAACAGCAAACAGAUCAGAAAGCAUCUCACCGUCAACGUCCUAAAACAAAUUGACAAGGAGUGCUCAAAUAUUUGCUCACGGAAAAAUCCUAGUUGUUUAAGAUCUCCUUCAAAGCAGAAAAUGCUGGAUUUUUCAUUUGAGAAAGAGAAUGAAGAGCUGGAAGAGAGAGCACCAUUGUUUUAUUCAGUGUUGGUGGCAGGUGGUUGCAACAGGAAGAAAACUGAUAAGAGCUCGUGGAUUCCAGCAGUUGGAAUGGCUGCUUCAGUGCUGCUCAGAAACCGAUCACCAUACAUGAAUGCUGUGCAACUAAUGUUGGGGAUAUUUUUAUAUCAUUCUAAUUGGGCUGUAAGUACAUGUAUAUUUUAAUUAACCGUUUAUGUGACAAUGCGCCCUACUUUAUCAUUUUACUCUGUCUAACACCAGACGAUUUUACCUGUCAGGGAGAGAGUGCUGCCACUCAAUGGGUUAAACAGACUAUCUGCCCAUGCACCCUGUUAACUAAGUGGCAAUGCAUCCAGAUGCUACCUUACUUUAUUAUUUUACUCUGUCUAACAUCAGAUAAUUUUACUUGUCAGGGGGAGAAUGCUGAUGGGUUAAUAUAAUUUGUUGUAUAGCUGACAUUUUGCAGUUUACAAACUGGACUGUCAUUGGUUGAUUUGGAGUUAUGUAGCUUAUAAUAAUCUCGAUGUAUCUUGAGCAGGCAACAAUUGUGUGACUAUAAUGCCCUUAAAGUAGCUUGUGGGCAUGUAAUUGAACAAUUAUUGCCAUUUCAGGUUACCAGAAGCUUUGACACUUGUCAUAGCUUCUGAAAACAGUUUAUUAAUGUAUGUCCCCUUGGAAAACACUGGUUUUGUCUUCCUUUGAGCCUUGAUGUUUGCUAAUACAAAGUUGAUACAAUGAGGUGUAUAAUAUUAUUAUGCUAAAUAAUAAUAUUAUUAUGCUAAAUAAUACUUUAUGUAUUUUACAUAUUAUAUUGGGUUAUUCCAGAAAACAUCCACAAAUCAUUAACCCUCUACCCCCCCCCCCAUUGGAUUUCAUAAUACACUCACUAUAUUACUAUAAUCACAAUGAUAUCAAAGUUUUCUUGCACUCCAGAAAUAUCCUCCAUGCAGAGAGAGUGGAUCUUUUUUGGAGUGACCCAUUAUUGUGACCCUUUUUUGGAGUGACCCAAGACAACUCUAGCCCAAACAAAUCUCAAUCCAGCUUGUUUUAAUCUACUACUUUGUAUCUUUGAAUAGCCCAUUAUGUCCAGGUUAGCCCCAUUAAGAUUGGUGACAUCGCCAACCCACCUCUAUAAGAAGUUGGAUGAGUUUGGAGAGCGUUACGACUUGCAAGUGAAAGAAAUGGUUGAAAGCGACACGAAGUGGUUUGCAGAAAAGAUUGUUAUGGAAAAAGAAACUGAGCCCAGACCAACCACAGUUACAUGUGCAAAACCAUCCCCUGGAUUCAAGCUCACCAUCGACAAUGUUGACUACCAUCAAAAUGUCCACUACAUGACAGAAGAACACCAGAACAUCGAUAGACACUAUGUGACAGUCAACGCCACCACAAACAGGAUAUCUGGAAACCAUUUGAGUACGGACAGCCCUGUACCUGGUAUUAAACAAAUGGAAAAUGGCAAGUGUAUUCCUAAUCACAUCGAACAAAAAGUACAGAGAGCAAAUUACAUCACGUUGGUCCAGAGAAUUCUGGUUGAAAAUAUUCCCUGCCUUGAAUUUGGACAAGAUGUUGUUGAGAAGCACAUUCAUCACAAAUACAGCAAAGAAGCAUCACAACCAACAAAUUCAGUAAGUUUAUAAUUUAAUAAUUUAUAUUAUUAUAUUAACUGUUCUUGUGAAUAUGUGAUUUAUUUAUCAUGGGCUUGGCCCUCAGUGAAUAAAUACAUAUACCCUAAUUGCCUCAAAAUAACCAACACAUUGAGGUACCUGAGAAAGACACCUAACUUCAACUGUUGAUUUCUUUCAGAAUUUCCUUGGGGUUAUUUUCGAGAGUGAAAACAAUGCAAAUGGCAUGCAGAAAAUAUUACAGGAACUCCAUGGUUAUGUUCCGUUCGUUGGCGAUGGAGAAGAACGAAGAUACUCAAGUCAGGCAAUCGUUGGAGAUCAGCUGACAGUUGAAAGAGCAGUGAAUGCUCACAUGACACUCAGCAAUGGUUUCACCCCAGAAGAACGCUUAGAUGGAAUUCACUGUGAGAUUGCAGAUUGGCAUGCUGGAAACAAAGCACUUGGAGUAAGGAUAUACUCGAAUUAAGGGUGGCAUUAUAUUUUUAUUAACAUUUUCACUGUAUGAAGUGAGUCACAAUACUCUGAAUUCUAGAAGGGCAAUUCAUUUAAAGUUGAUUAAUGACAGAAAUAUAUUCUCUAUCUUGCCUUUCUAUGCAAAAUCAUGUAUCCUUUAUGAUCAUUGAUCCAGUUGUAGAACUUUUGUAUGUCAAAGUCAUGCAAUAAAGUUGGCUUGAAAUUAGAAUAGAAGCCAUAACUUCUGCCUGGUAUUUUGGUUAGAGCAUCUUGUGACACAAGUUAAUUCUCUGACAAUCUUCGUCAUGUCAGCCUUCUCUGACCUACGCAUAUGUUUACCAGAGCGCUUGUACAACAACAUUGAACUGUAAAAAUUUUCCGUUAGCUGUUUCGUUACACCCAUAGCAUGGCAAAUUCUGUUGAUGGACUUUGUACUCAGUGGUUGUAUCUCAUCCCCUUAGCAAAGCUUGUCCCCUAUUGAAAAUUCUAAUCCCAAGUUUUACAGUCAAACCAGAUGUUCUUGUGGGAUCAACAUUGCAAUAUUGUCUCAAAAUCGUUUGUGAAUUUCAACUAUCAAAAUUGCAUUAUUGUGGGAUAAUAUUGCAAUGUUGCUCACACGAGAGCAUCCGGUUUGACUACAAACAGUAAGAAUUAAAGUGCCUAUGGCACGAAAUCUCACCCCAAAUGUUUAUGGUUGUAUUGUAAAGAUCACUUAAAAUGACUUAAUAACUUCGUUUAUAGAAUUUUGGUAACUUGCUUCCUUCGCAAGAUAUUCAACUUUGUUUCAUAUGCAAAUAUCACCGGUGUGACAUCACAUCGCAUGACAUUUUGAAAACACAAUAUUUUACCUUGAUAAAAUAUUUUUACAAACAAAUACAGAGGAUUAAUUAGCAGUUACGAAAUGAAUGCAUAUACAAGAGCAAGUUUUUUAGAUACGUAUUCGUCAAGAAAACUAUACUUUUCUGAAAACUCAUUAUGCGAUGUGAUGUCACACCGGUGAUAUUUGCAUAUGAAACAAAGUUGAAUAUCUUGCGAAGGGAGCAAGUUACCAAAAUUAUAUAAAAGAAGUUAUUAAGUCAUUUUAAGUGAUCUUUACAAUACAACCAUAAACAUUUGGGGUGGAAUUUCAUGUUACAAUGAAACUAUUGAUGUUAUGUGGGUUUUGUCUUGAUUAAACUGUUAGGAAAUCAAAUACCACCUUGGAGACAAUGAAUAAAAUGAAAAUUAUAAUGUAAUACAUCAAAAUACAGUAGUGUAUUUUCAAUUGGUUAACUUUACAUAAUCAUUCACUACUGUAUUUAUGAUCUUUAAGACUUUAUUUAAUAACAAUAUUUUGAUAUCAAAAACUUAAAUACUUUACUUGUCUUGUAGAUUGCGUUUGCCCACUUCUACAACCCAACAUCAGCUGGAGAUAAGUGCACAUUAUACAGCGACAGAAAUUUAAUAAACCGUCGCAGUGUAAAGAGUGAUGUUGAUGCUGCAGUUAAUCCUUGUAGACGCUUCUUCAUUCUAGACCUAGAGGCACGCAUUGUUGCAGCUGGAAUGAAGGAGCUUGGCAUUGAAGAACUAGAAGAGAUGUCGCAGUGUGUACCGCACCAAUUUGAGAGUUGGACCAAGGCUAAGAAGAAAGAAUACCUGGAGGAGUUAGCAGCAACAAUUGUCGACAAGUAUAUUCUCGAUAAAGCCAAACACAAAAAGAUUGCCCUUGCCACCAGCCAGCUAGAAGAAAAGCAGUUGCAAAGGCUGAAGGAUAUGACAUCAAGUGGCAGAUAUAAGUGUCGGUUCCCUGGUUGCAACAAGACAUUUAGGUCCGAUGGGAAAUGGCGACAUACUCACGAGCAGUCUCACAAUCCACCAGUCAACAUAGAAGAGCAACCACUGCUGACUGAAAUCCAUGAAGACGUCACAGCAGAUGACAUGUACAAUUACCAGAAAUCCCUGCUCGAGUAUGGUAUGGUGAUUCUUAAUUUUUUAUGCAAUUUCUGAGGGAGAUGGGUGCUAGAGUAAUCAGAAAUUUGAAAUUUCUUUUGUUAUAUUUGUGCCAUGAUGGCCAAAGCAGCAACAAGUAUGCUCUGGAAGCACUAUACAUGAUGUUCCAGAUAUAUGCACUGUUAAGUCCAAAAGCUGCACAUGAUCUAGUUUGGAACAGAUUUUCAAAAAGAAAACAAAAGCUGGGUGGCAAUAUCUCUCUUGAUCUGGCCCUUGAGUUUUUGAACAGAAUUUUCAAAGAUGUUGUCAAAAAACUUGGACCUAAUGCCAGUACAAAGUCCAUCAACAGAAUUUGCCAUGCUAUGGGUGUAACAAAACAGCUAACGGAAAAUUUUGACAGUUCAAUGUUGUUGUACAAGCGCUCUGGUAAACAUAUGCGUAGGUCAGAGAAGGCUGACAUGACGAAGAUUGUCAGAGAACUUGUGUCACAAGAUGCUCUAACCAAAAUACCAGGCAGAAGUUAUGGCUUCUAUUCUAAUUUCAAGCCAACUUUAUUGCAUGACUUUGACAUACAAAAGUUCUACAACUGGAUCAAUGAUCAUAAAGGAUACAUGAUUUUGCAUAGAAAGGCAAGAUAG